GUUUGCUGUGUUUGUGCACGCUUCUGUCACGGGCUCGUGUGUGUGUGGGUGUCCAAACGCGUGUGACGUGCGUCGCGUCAGGUGCCAGUCUCUCGGUGGCUGGCUGCGGUGGUUGCAGCGGCUGCCCCUAUUCGGUCGGCAAAAUCCAUUCCAGCUUUCGCCAUCCCCGCCUUAUUUACCGCCGCCACAAAAUUACCUCAGAGGAUUCCUGCGACGUCCGAGAAGUCAUUCGGCCAGCAUUCAUAAAAUAUUCACGUGGGAUUGGCGAGGCGACGCACCUUCGGACGCGGAAGAGGUGUCCGAUAGCCCCAGCACUCCUUCACUGCUCGUCCACCUUCGAGGUUUGCGAUGGAGGUCCGCGAGCGACGGCGUGGCAACCCCGUGCUGCGGCCGCCCCCAGAGCUCGAGCUGCCGGCCGACGCGGGCUUCCUGGACGUGGACGACGACUGCCUGAGCGAGCCGCCCACCUUCGCCCCGCCGGGCACCCCUGAGGAGGACCACCUGCUGGGACGCCACGAGGACGACGACGAUGACGAGGAUGAGCUGUCGCUCCCUGCCCGUGCGGCGGAGCAGGCGGAGCACCUGGUGCGCAAGGUGCUGGAGGAAGCGGAGCAGGCGGAGCAGCUUGUACGCAAGGUCUGGGAAGAGGCCUGGAAGGUGUGCCACUUCACGUCACUGCCCCAGUGGCUGCAGGACAACGAUUUCCUGCACAAGGGCCACCGUCCGCCCCUGCCCUCCUUCUCGGCCUGCUUCCGCUCCAUCUUCCGCAUCCACACCGAGACAGGGAACAUCUGGACGCACCUCCUGGGGUGCCUGGCCUUCACGGGGAUGGCGCUGUACUUCCUGACGCGGCCUUCGGCCGAGAUUCAGUGGCAGGAGAAGGUGGUGUUUGCCAGCUUCUUUGCGGGGGCCAUCAUGUGCAUGGGCAUGUCCUUCACCUUCCACACGGUCAGCUGCCACUCAGAGAAGGUCGGCAAGCUCUUCAGCAAGCUGGACUACUGCGGCAUUGCCCUGCUGAUCAUCGGUUCGUUUGUGCCCUGGCUCUACUACGGGUUUUACUGCGAUUACCAGCCCAAGCUGGUCUACCUCACGGUGGUCAUCGUACUCGGCAUUGCCGCCGUGGUCGUCUCGCUCUGGGACAAGUUUGGGGAACCCCGGUACCGGCCCCUCCGCGCCGGGGUGUUUAUGACCUUUGGCCUGAGCGGAGUGGUGCCUGCACUGCACUACCUGGUGGCAGAGGGCUUCCUGAGUGCAGUGUACCAUGCGUCUUUCGGCUGGCUCUGCCUCAUGGGCUCCCUCUACAUCGCGGGGGCACUCUUCUAUGCCCUGCGGGUGCCCGAGCGCUGGUUCCCGGGCAAGUGCGACCUCCUGUUCCACAGCCACCAGAUCUUCCACAUCCUGGUGAUUGCGGCGGCGUUUGUUCACUACCACGGCAUCAUGGAGAUGGCCAUGAAGCGGCUAACCAUGGGGGAGUGCCACGAGGAGGGUCCACCAUUCGACUGAAGCCGGCAACGGGCGCCGGCCUAGCACUACUUUAAUCAGUAUUCCAGGGGCAGCCGUUUUUUCUACAGUCGCUAGUAAUAUGCAAUAAAGCAGGUGGUUUCUUUCGCGCUUC